AUGGGUGACCCUCAUUGGCUGUCCCAGCUGGUGACACCUGUCCUGCUUUCACCACAGCUCUUCAUCUUCCUCUUCCUCCUUGCUGGCCAGGAGUGGUCUGGUGGAGCUGCUGGAAGCUCACUAGCAGGACUGGUGGGCAGAAGACCUCUGGAGUUCCCAGCCAGCAGCGCCCCCCGCAGGAAGCGUGCCCAGGUGCCACCAUCCUACCUCCAGUGGGUCCCAUUCCAGGGCCAGCUGCCGGCGGAUGCUGUCUCCAGCUGGAACCAGCAGGCCCAGCAGCUGGAGUUCGUCUGCUCCACCAGGGAGUUCCACUGCAACACUGGGGCCUACGUCCCCCAGAGAGGUCCUCGCUGCUUCUACCCCCACGGCGGGGUGCAGAGGUCCACAAAGGACUUCAAGCUCUUGGUCAACGUUGGUGGCUUUGAAGCACUGGACUGGGUGGAGGAGUCCUUUGGAGCAGUGCCAGAGGAGGCUGUUGAGGGUUGUCCUUCCAUCGACAUCUUUGUUGGGAGGAACAAGUAUGGCCUGGGCAAGGUCUCCAAGGAGCACAGAGCCCUCUUUGUGGUGGACCCUGAUGAUGGUGAGGAGAUUUGGUUCAAGUGGUACCAAGUCCUGGUGGUGAGGAAGGGCCCAGCAGAUGUCACCAUCAGGGAUGUCCUCUACAACAUCAGCGCGGCGGUGGAGAGCAUCCAGGAGGUCACCUUGGCGAAGGCCACGCUGAGAAAUGAGGCCUGCCAGAAGGCCCAGGAGGUGAUCACCCUGAAGGAGGACACUGAGGUGGAGCACGACUGGCAGAUGGACCAGAGGAUCUUCUCCACCAUCCGUGGGGUCCUGGAAGUGUCUCCUCUGACCUUCAACGGCACCUCCUGGCAGGCCACCAACUCCACCUCCACCGUGCCUUGGGUGGGGGGAGCCAGCAGCAGCCACUAUGUUGUGCACAGCCGAGUGGUGGAGCAGGAGCUGGAGGCCCUCACAGCCUGCGAGGUGGCCAUGGAGGGACAGCGCCGAGAUGUCCACGUCCCCUUCCGUGCCCUCCUCAGCAGGGACUUUGGCCACGGCCACACCCACCAGGUCACCGUCACCGGCUGGGCCCGCAGCAGGGCUGUGCUGGACGUUGAGGCUGGGGUCAAGCAGUGCUGGCGCAUCCCUGGGGUGCCACCCUGCCAGGGGUAGGGGUGGG